AUGGUGGGAAUGUGGUUGAAGGUGGAGAGAAGGAUUGAUUUGGUAUACGGAGGUGGAAGCGUGGGGCUUAUGGGUCUCGUCUCUCAAGCUGUUCAUCGUGGUGGUCGCCAUGUUCUAGGGGUCAUCCCAAAAACCUUGAUGCCAAGAGAGAUAACCGGUGAGACCAUCGGAGAAGUGAAAGCAGUGGCUGAUAUGCAUCAAAGGAAAGCUGAAAUGGCUCGUCAAGCCGAUGCCUUUAUUGCCCUUCCUGGUGGGUAUGGUACGUUGGAAGAAUUGCUGGAAGUCAUUACAUGGGCUCAACUCGGAAUCCACCGUAAGCCGGUGGGUCUUCUUAACGUGGAUGGUUACUACAACUCGCUAUUAACAUUUAUCGAUAAGGCCGUAGACGAAGGAUUCAUAUCCCCAAUGGCUCGUAGAAUCAUUGUCUCUGCACCAAACGCUAAAGAGUUGGUUCGACAACUCGAGGAAUAUGAACCGGAAUUCGAUGAGAUCACGUCGAAAUUGGUUUGGGAUGAAGUGGACCGGCUUAGUUAUGUACCGGGUUCGGAGGUUGCUACGUAA